UCCAAGUUCCAGAUCGAUAAACAGUGUAAAUUACUGCACGUGUUCCAUAUGAUUUUAUUUCAUUAUUGCAAUAAAUAAUAAACUAAUAAACUUGCAUAUAAUUAAAAUAAAACAAUCAUCAACGCAAGAUGUUUAAAAAAAUGAACAAUGCAGUUAAUACGGUAACGGAUGUCGUAAAAGGAAUGUAUUACGAUCCAUUUAAAUGGUCGGUGGUGAAAAGCAUUGCAUUUUUUUCCCUGGGAGUAAAAAUAGCUUUAGAAUGCAAAGGAAUGGAUAUUAUGCCACCAGUUACAGUAUAAAACAAAUCUAGUAACAAUGAUUCAUUGUUAAGCUUGUUGACAUCUAGCAUACCACCAAGAUUUGUUUUAAUUAUACAUCAUUUUUAAUUAAAUAGAUUGUACUAUAAUUUAUUAUCAUCUCAUAUUUUAAUACUUCUUCUUGUAUAUAUUUUACAUAGCAAAUCAAUAACUAAAAAGUAAAAAUAUAAAUUAUAGUAUAUAUCAUGUAUUUUUAUGGUUAAAAUUAUCCUAUACUUGAUAAAUAAAUACAUAUAAAAUAUCCAAAAUAAAAAAUAUAAAAUAAUUAUUAAAUCUUAUUUUAUAAAUUAAACAUUAAUUGCAACUAUCUAAUAUUCUUUCCAUUAAAAAGAAUCUUUUUUUUUUUAUUUAAACAAUAUUAAAAAAAUUGUUCCAACAAAUAAUCUUAUUUCAUAAUUAAAAUAUUUAUUUAUAUGCUAAUGUGAAUUAUUUUCUUGAAAUAAAUUGUUACAAGCCUAGUAUAAGUUAUAGUUACGUAUAAGAUAACAUGAAUGCGGUAAAUACCAACACAACCACAUUUUUACCACAUUGAUACCAUUGUGUUGUCCAUAUCUAUACUAAACAGAUAAUAUUACCUGCACACGGUGUCGUCCGAUGAUGUUGAAUUUACGUUGCUUAUUCGUUUGUAACGACGUGACAGUGCUAGUUUUCUAAACAAACGAAAGAAUUAGAAAUAUGCUCGUCUCCAAUUAAGAAAAUCAAGAUAAUUAAAACAAAUAGAAUUGAAAACGUGAAAUGUGAAAGUGUACAUUUUUAAAUAAAUACAAGUUGUCGUUCGUGUGUGUAUCAUGUAAACGAAUUUACUGCGAAUAUGAUCAUUUUAUUAUUUUAAUUGUCUAUGUUUUAUUGUAUAAUAUAUAUAUUUAUUCAAGAUUUGUAAAAUAAUUCAUCAUGAGAGAAGAAAUGGAAAAUUCUUGUAAUUCUGAGUUACCAGCUGUAAUUGGAGCAUUGUUAGAUACAUUGGAUGAUAAAUCGGUAGAUGUCAAGCAGUCGGUAAUUAAUGCAAUUAAAAAAAUAUCAGAGCAAAAUCCUGAAGUCGUCAUUCAUGCUGCAGUAUAUUUUUGGGAACUUCAUAGAAAGAUAUCAUCAGAACAUAUGGCUUCGUUAUUAACAGUGAUGUCUGAAACAUGCCAAUGCCAUGGUGCGCAUUUGAAUGGGAAUGUAGCUUCAUCGGUCGCAGAACUAGCUGUUAAUGAACUCUUGGGCAAUGCCGAAAAAGAAGCUGUAGAAUUAUUAAUUUCAUUGAGUCAAAUACAUUGCACGCAAGCAAUAGGCAUCCUGUUGACCAAAUUGGAACCUGGAAUAUUACCACACCAUACAGUAGUUCGUACUUUAGGAAUGAUAGCAGAACGUAACCCAUUUACGAUGAUAUCUUUCUUCAAAAUAACAUUAACUAUUAUGAUCCCGAUGUUAACUCAAACACGUGAUGAGAUAUUAAAAAAUGCAUUCUGUCUCACACUCGGAAAGAUUGCAGAAGCUAUAAACGACUAUAUAUUAAAUACAGAAAAAAAUUCAUCUCCAGAAAUUAGUAAGGAAACAUUUAAAGAAGAAAUAUGCUCCGCAUUUGAUAUAUUAACAUUUACUUGGAUAAAAACAGCUAAGGAUUAUAAAGGAGUGGAAGCAGUGUUGUCAGCAAUCGUUCAUAUGAUACCAUUACUACCGCAAGAAAUAGAUUGCGAAAGAAUUGUUAAAAUAACGCCCAUGUUGUUGAGUUUUUGUAAGAAAACUAAUACUCGUUUAGGAGCAGUUAGAGUCUUAGCAGUGGUUUUAAGUUGUGCUAUGGAAAAUGAGAAAGAAGCUCUUCGCUCACUUCUAGAACAGAUACAUCCAGUUUUAUCCGAAUUAGUUUGUACAGUUCCAUUUGAGGCAUCCCGAGAUGUUCUUCUAACGCAUUAUCAAGUUUUACAAUGUUUUAGAUCAUUGAUUAUAUUAUAUCCAGAAGAAGGCUUAGAUAGAAUUUUACAACAAUUGAAGUCCACAUCAGUAUCUCAGAAGGCACGAGCUUUGGUAGUUCUUAAACAUCUUAUUAAUACACUUCCAUCUGAGGAUGAUACAACAUUACAACGAAUCGCACUUAGUUUACAAGAAUCUUUGGGAGAUAAUAGUGCAUUGCAAAUGGUUGGAGCCAUUGUGACACUCGCAGCACGUCCUACGGUACCACUUUUACCAUCACAAAGAGCAACCUUUGUUCGUUAUAUGGUAACUCAUUGUGACACAAAAAACGAUGAAUCGGAUGCAUAUGCAGAAGCAUUACAUUUGCUUGCAACAACAGUAGAUGGUGCGGAAUCUUGGUUGUGGCCUUGUCUAAUACGUGCUUUACUGGAUCCAGCUUGCGUGUCGUCGGUAGCAUCUAUAUUGCGUGCUUUAGCACCUUUAGCAAUUAAAAUAGUUAACAGCGGUAGUUCAUCGAUUAAUCAACGAGAUUUUCCUGGUACCAAAAUUCUAAGCAGAUGUUUAGAAUUGUUGGGAGAUGUACAGAAUCGCAUACCCAUCGUAACAUUUUUAAAAGCUGCAGCGCCUUUAUUAGGGCACCAACUUAUGCUAUAUUGGGAUGAAAAAUUAAACGAGAUAACACAUUUUUUAAAAGACGAAUUUCCUGUUAAUGUUAGAUUAAUGGAACAGCGAAAUCUGAAUUGGGAAGAGAAAAUAGUCGAAUUUUUAGAGGAAAGCAUUAAAUUAGAAGGGGAAGCAUGGGGCUUAAAACUCGCUGAUGAAUUAGUAGUAAAAGCUAGUAUACCCCAUAUAGCACCAUUGUUAGCAUCAAUGUGUAGUAGUAAUGCACAUAUAACACUUCUUAUCGAACUUGCACGUUCCAAUACAUUGAAUGAAGAAUACGCAAGAGCUGUUGGAAUUUGUUCGAAACGACAUUUGGAUGUUGUUAUUAAAUUAAUGGAAGAAGCUUGUAUGGCUGAGGAUACGAGAAAAAUUCCUGUUAAAUUAUUAGGUCUUGUUAAAGAUUCUAAAGCUAUAGCUACAGCGGAAGCUGCAAAAGCUGGAUUGUUGAGAUGUUAUGCAGAGAUUGCACAAAGGGGAGAUGUAGAAAAAUUAUAUCCUUCGUUCGAGAAAAAUAUAUUAUCAUGGAUUAUACGACAAUUGAGUGACUGCAAAGAAUUAACUACUAAAGAAGCUGGAUUAUUAGCAUUAGAACAGGUUGCCAACGCUGUUCAUCCUAAUAGACUGCAAAAAUCAACAGGAUUACAUGCAAAAAGUAGUGCGCUUGCAAUUUUAUUAGGAAUCUUACAAUCAUCGUCAGGAUAUCGACCACUAAAAUUGUACCCAAAAGUAUUGAAGACUAUAGUAUCGCUUGUACGUGUACCACCUCAAUUGAAUUCAGAAGAAAAAGGAAUUUUGCUGAGCUCAAUUUUGGAUAAAGUUAUAGGUGCCAGUACCGAGGUGGUUCUAUUGCUACAAUCAGAAUUUAUGCAGCAGGUAAUAGACGAGUUAGGAAUUGCAUGCAGCGAAAUUGUAUCCGAUUCUGCAGAUGCAUUAGCUGAUCUUAUUGACAUAAUGUUACCAUGGAUGCAAUCAAAAUCAUUCACCGAAAGAAAAACUACUUUAUUAGUGUUAAAAAUGACUCUCAGAUCAUACUAUAAUUCUUUAAAAUAUACUUAUCCUGGUGGUAAAUUAGAACCAGGGAGACUUAUGGGAAGGGUUUUAUCAUGGUGUGCAGAUUCAGAACAUUCGCUUAGACCAAUAGCGAUAGAUUGUGUAGCAUUGUCUUUAAAUAUUGGAGCUCGUCAUCGUGCUUUAAUAUCUGAUAAUAACUUAGACAAAGAUUUAAAUAAUUCAAAGACGAUUAUUGUUGGCGAAGAUCCCAAAGCUUUUUACGAUGGCAUUAAGAUCUUAACAACAGCUGUAUCUGAAAGAAUUAAUAGUGGUGACAUAAUCAGUUUAGCAGAAGGCUUAAUAGAAGCUCUGUUGUUUCGUGGAGAAGCAAGUCUUGCUGCGAGUAUAGCUCUAUCUCAACAUUUAAAAGUUAAAGGAUCGGAAAUAUCUAGAAAUGAUAUUACUUUGGUCGAUAAUAUUAUUGCACAAAUGAGACAAAUGGAAGACAUUAAUCAAAGAAAAAGUACAGCAAUUGCUAUUAAAUCUUUAAUGGAACAUCAUCCCGAAGAAGUAAUUGAACGACUUUUAUGUCAACCAUUACCACUGGAUAGAGGAAGUGAAGAAUGUUGGAAGGCGCUUGGUAUCAGUUUAGAUUUAGGUUCUCGUGCUUUGGAAUUACUUCUAACAAGAUUAGAAAACAAUCAUUUAUUCAUGGAAAUUGCAACCACACAAAAUGUAAAAAAUGAUGUUGCAUCUUUUCCAUCAUUGGCAGCUAUCGUGGCUCUACGACAUUUACUACAAUCCUCAAAUUCGAAAGAGCUGAUCAAUAAACAAUUACCAAAUCUAUUAUCAGUAUUAUUAAAAUAUCUAGCAGGAUGGUUAUAUGUUGAUGCUCCUAUAUGCGUUGUUAAUACCAAAUUUGGUUAUGUACCAAAUAGAGAAGGAUGUAAGAUAAAUCCACAUGCAGAAGCUUAUUCCGUAUUAGUUAAUGUAUUAACUACAGUAGAUUCAACCAUAGCAUCGAGUUUACUUAACGAAAGUUCAUUUUCCUCCGAAACGCAAGCAGAGGAAAGUAUAGUGACAACAGUACGUUUAAUGAUGAAAUGUAUAUAUACGAAGAAUAACGUAUUGUUAUCUUUGUCUCAAUCUUUGGGAAAAAUGAUGACGAGUACAAUAUGUGCGCAGAGAGUGGUAGCUGCUACUUUUUACUCUAAAUUAAUAGGGAAAGUUAAUUGUAAUGUUAUAUGGCUUGAUGGAAUCAUAAAUACAUUGUAUGAAGCUAAAGCUGAUUCAUCUCCUUUGGUUCGAAAAUUAGCAACUAUCGGACUCGCAAGAAUUGCUUAUUUAGAACCUAAACAAGUUGAUGAAUAUUUCGAUAAUUGUAUGGAUGCUUUGCUCGAUGGUUUAGAAGAGCCUGCUAGCGGUGAUGGAGGCAAUGAUGUGAUUUUAGAAUCGUUACGUGGUCUUUCUGUAUUAUUGUCAGUUCAAUUUGCGCGCCCAGUAAGUCCUCGAGUUGUACUUGCUUUAAAACCAUUUAUUGAAAAAGAGAAUUGGGAAAUGAGAUUAGCAGCUAUAAGUGCCUUAAGUGCUGUAGCUUGUAGUUGGGAAAAAAUUAUUGUACCACCGGACGAUGAUAUAAGAGAUCAUCUUUUGAGUUGUUUACCUUGUCUUACGAUAAGACUUGAAGAUGAAAACAUCACGGUGGCUAAGGUAGCACAAGAAGCUUUACGCAAUACAGCAAGUUUAUUGCAAUGUCAACCAUUGUUUGAUAUAAUAUAUGCUUCCUUAGGACCAAAUAUUGAAUUUCAUUUUGAAAAAUUUAUUUCCAAUUUGAUACUUUGUCUACAAAAAGAGCUUCCACAAAGAGCCGAGGAACUUAGAAAUGCUGUAGUACGAGGAUAUUCGAGGUCUGAAAAUUCUAAUACCAGGGCCACAUCUGCAUUACUUUUAGGACACUUUGGUUCGCCAAGACCAGAAGAUAUUCAAAGACUCCUCCAACUGUUAAGGGAUACAGAAAGCAUUGUUAGAAAACGUGCCGCACAUGCACUAUCCUUAUGUUUUAUUUUAUAAUGCAAUGAAUAACUUUUUAAUAUACAUUAUUCUUACAUUAUUUCAAAUAUUUUAAUGUAAGAUUAAAUGAUUCUAGAUCACGAUUGUUACAUAGUCAAACAAAUUUCCUUUACUAUUUCAUCUAUUUGAAUCUUAAUAUAUAUAUAUUUAUACAAAAUUAAUCAUGGUAAUAAAUUUAUAUAUU